CCGCCCAGUCUUUCUGAGCUACACGCUAGUGUGCAUGUCACGGCUUUUCCGGCUGGACAAAACCUCGGCGAGAUGUGGCUUCGGCGUGACGUCACUUGGCUCCUGCAGGCGGCACUCUGAACGGAAAACUCCUCCUCAGACGAAGAGAAAAGAAGUUUUGUAGACGGCGUUGGACUCUGAAGAUACUGGCAGCUCGUGUAUUUACUCACGGAGCUUCAAGCAAUGGACUCGGAACAUAUCGAGAUGAACGGAGAGCCUCCUCCUUCACCUUCCCGCCGCAACCGAAGACAAGUUCCACUAAAUAUGAACCACUAUGCCAAUAAGAAGAGUGCGGCGGAGAGCAUGCUGGACAUUGCACUGCUGAUGGCUAAUGCAUCCCAGCUCAAGGCUGUGGUGGAACAGGGCAGCUCCUUCUCCUUCUACGUGCCUCUCAUCACCCUCAUCAGUAUAUCACUCACGCUGCAGAUCGUUGUUGGUGUGCUUCUCAUAUUCAUAGUCAAAUAUGAUCUGAAUGAUGAGCAGAAGCAAUCCAAACUGAACUUUCUGAACAAUGUUACAACUGGACUGGUUUUCAUCAUUGUGGUGGUCAAUGUUUUCAUAACAGCUUUUGGGGUCCAAAGGCCGAACUCCGAGCACACCAGCAUGAACUAAGCUUCCAGACGUCUCCACAAGGAACUCGUGCCAGUGCACCGGUCACUGUACUGGCUAGUUAUAUCACAUGUGCAGCACCAAAACUGCACACUUCCGUAUCAGUCUUUGGAGUCCACAAGGAAGGGGCUCCACUGUGCCUCACUUGCUAUGUUAGCCUUAGAGCAGUGGUGCUAAGAACCCCACUACAAUAUUUUCUGCUGCCCCUGUAACUAGCUAGAUUUGACAUUAAAAGGUUGCCAUAAAGGACACAGGCUUGUCGUCUGUAGUCCCUGCUUUGACA